AUGGGAGAUAACAAUGUCAACCUUCCACCCGGGUUUCGAUUUUAUCCCACAGAUGAAGAGCUUGUAGUCCAUUUCCUUCAUAGAAAGGCAUCACUUUUACCUUGUCAUCCAGAUGUUAUCCCUGAUCUUGAUCUCUACCCUUAUGAUCCAUGGGAACUUCAUGGUAGAGCUUUGGCAGAGGGAAAACAAUGGUACUACUAUAGCAGAAGGACACAAAAUAGGGUCACUGGAAAUGGUUAUUGGAUGCCAAUGGGGAUGGAAGAACCAGUGGUUGCAAGCUCAAGCAACAAGAGAGUUGGUGUGAAGAAAUGUUAUGUGUUCCAUAUGGGAGAAGCUGCUGAUGGCAACAAAACCAAUUGGAUAAUGCAAGAGUAUCGUUUAACAGAUUCUGCUUCCUCUAGCAGAUCAUCCAAAAUAAAAGCACAACCAAAAACAGAUCAUAGUAAAUGGGUGAUAUGUCGAGUUUAUGAGCGUGAUGAGGAGGGUGAUGAUGAUGAUGGUGGUGAUGGAACAGAGCUCUCUUGUUUGGAUGAAGUUUUCUUGUCAUUGGAUGAUCUUGAUGAAAUAAGCUUGCCAAAUUAGAUGAUGCAAGUGAUCUAGUUACCAGCAUUAUCCAAAUGGGAUAAUUAAGUUAAUUGUUUUUUAUCAUUAUUGUUGUUAAUUAUUUACUGUUUGUAGUUAAAUCCAAUAGCAGUGUAGCUUCCAUUGUAAUCAGUGAAGUUGCAAUAUAUGUAGAUUUCUAUAGCAACCCUUCAAGUGGGGCA